GUUUUCCGUGGAGCCAGUGCAGCAGGUGCAUUACAAAGGAAGUUCGCUUAAUACCCGAUAAAAAGUUACAGUUCUAUGCUAAGCAUAACGAUAAUGUUAAGCUAGUAUACGCGAACGUUUUCGCAUUUUUAUUUCCUACAACUACAGUUCGGCCCAAAUGUCAUGGGACUUUGUACGAGGCGGCAUUUCGUGUUGACAAUAUGCAUUUUGCAACUGAUUUCCACUGUAGAGAGGCAGGUUUUCGAUUUUCUUGGAACUCUGUGGGGACCGAUUUUAGCGAAUUUCUUCCAAAUAAUAUUUGUGAUUUUUGGAUUUUUUGGGACUCAUCAGUUCAGACCUAAAUAUGUUAUUGCCUAUUCUGUUUGGAGUGCUCUUUGGAUUGGAUGGAACAUCUUUAUAAUCUGCUUUUAUUUGAACAUUGGAGUGGAUAAGAAUGGGAGUUCCCUCAAUUUCGGCACAGGCUGUGUUAGUUGGUGGGAAGUAAAUGGUUUUGGAUGUCGUCCAGUUUACACCACUAACAUUACUGAAGACUUCUCCUGUGGUCCACGGCCUGAGUCUGUUUCGGGUUGUGUUCUUACUUAUGAAUACAUUGAAGUUCUUCAUGCUGCCAUUCAGAUUAUUUUUGCUGUUCUGGGUGGAAGCGGAGCUAUUCAUGUCCUCCGGAUUUUUGUAGAAGAGGAUGACAGCUUUGACUUUCUUGGAGGCUUUGAAACGAAAAGUCCUCAGCACUUGACUCAUCUUCGACCUACUUAUGUUCGUGUGCCGACCAACAGCUCCCAGUCAUUCUUGCGGUCAAGUCAGCUGCGCUUAGCAGCAAGUAGACAAGAUUCAUUAGCUCAACCUAGGGCAUUUUCCCUCCCACGCAGUGGUGACUCUAUACGAAUGUGUCGGUCUGAUUUGUACCUAAACAAAGCUGGUAUUAGUGGGAGUGGAGAUCAUAAGAACUUUCAUAUAGAAGAUUCGCGAAUGUUGCCCCCACAACGUUUACGACACUUAAAACCAAGACCUCUUUCUGUUCAUGUGACAAGAUUCGACUGAUUUUCAUGAAGAUGUAAUGGCUGGGAUAUUUUUUUUACUUUUAAUACAAUUUGGUUUUGAUUGUCUAAGCCUACUGUUUGAGGCACUAUUUUCUCAUUCUGACAAUGGGAUAUAGACUUUUUUUAAUCGUCUGAUACUGGGAAAAUUAUAUUUGCCUGCUGAAGUCUGAACAAUGAAAUCUGUGCCAUAGCCUAUUUAUAUAUGACAUCAGUCCGAAUGAUUAGAUUUAGAAAUCUGUAUUUGUAAUUGUGUGCCAUUUUCCUGUUGUCUUUUUCUAAUUGUCUAAACAAUGGGACCAGGAACUUUUUCAAGACAAUGCGAUAUGCAUUUUUUUUCUUAAUUUAGAAGAGUUUGGGUAAUUUGAAUGAGGAGUCCUCCACCAAACCAGGCACUGAUAUCUAACAUAUAAAUUAAAUCCUGUUUGUGAAAAAUUAAUUUGAAUCAUAUACCAACUUGUUUGUAUGUUUGAACCUUUAACUUCUGUCAAGGUACUAUUGCUUGCUUUGCACCAUUCAUGUUUGCUGAAUAUGUGUGGAAGAUAUUGUAGAGAAUUGUCUCUUAUGACUUUCUAAUAAGGCCUUUACUGCUCCAGCCCAGCUCUUGGCAAAGUCUUAGGUUACUAUUCUUAAGUUUUAAGGUUGUUGUUGUUUAUUUAAUUUUGCUCAACUUAAGAAGAUGCUAAGAUGCACCUCAUCUUUCUGAAUUGAAAUGUGGUUUCCUAAGAGUCAUUCAUCUGAAGUAAAUUAUUAUCUAUCUAUCCAUAAUUUUUAUUAAAUUAUUAGUAGUUACCUGUAUAGUCUUCUAUUGCAUUUCAAUGUGUGGUAGUUUUUCAUCUAUUAAAUUUAUCCCAACAUUUUGUAUGACUUCAAAUUCACGUAGAUUCAAAAAAUUUAGACACUGAACUACUUCCCUCAGGUUCAGAUGUUUGAAGUUGACUUUUAAAAAUUAUCUGACAAUACUAAAUUUAUUGUUUUCUGUUGCCAUUGUACUUACUUGCCCCAAUACUUUCUCAUAUUUGGUAUAUUUCUUUCAUUGUUCUCAGGUCAUGCGGGCAUUCUUACAUAAUGAUAAAUGUUUUCAGUCUUCAGCCAAUAUUCUCCAGAAUGGCCACCUUACUUUUGUUACUCUAUUACCAAAAGUUACCAGAGUACUCAUUGUGCCCCAAAAUAAUUUUUGUUAGAAAUGAUCGCUAAUUAAUAUUUAAUAAGCCUCCAUUGUUAAGAAAAUUAUUUUAGGGCACAAGAAGUAACACUUUUGGUAACAGAGAUAUGAAAACUUUGUGGCAUCUUAUCUUUACAAAAGCUCUAAAUCAUCAAAAUCACUCUUCCCAUUUUGUAGGUAUCGUCUAAAAACUGGGAACGUUUUUUCUUUGGUUAGCAUAACCUCAUAACUAUCUAUGUACGUAAUAGCAGGUUUUUUUCCUGACUCAUGAAUCCAGAAACUUGUUCAGAUUACUUGCAACACUGUCUUGUAAGUGUAAGUGUGUGUGUGUGUGAGUUUGCUUUUUUUAAAAAUAAUACAAGGAUAAAGCUCACAGCUGCCAACCUCAUCCGUCUUUUCCUUAUCUAGACUACAUCACUGCCACUUUGUGUUGUGAAGCAAACUCCUGGUUUUAUAGCUGUUUUAUAGGUUUGGAGCUGUUACUAUCUAUACCAACCUCUGUAUGAACAUAUCUUAGUGAAAUUUACAAUAUUUUUUGUUUACAUGUACCUUUUAGUGAUUUAAGUUUUUCAAAUUUGCAAGAUGUGUUAUUAUGCCUUUGUUAUUUAUUUAUUCUUUGUGUUCCUUUGCUAUCAAUAAUCUUUACAAUCUUUACUGUGUCUUAUCUGAGUUUUAGGAUUUUAUGCCAAGACAUGCACAAAUUGCCCUAUCUUGUCAUUGUGAGUGGUGAUUCUUUUCUGUGGAUAUUUUGGACCAUGAAUGAUUGACAUCAAAUGAUAUUGUAGAGAAUUCUGGAUAUCAUUCACAAAUUUCUUUAAACCCUUAUGGUGCUAGGGCCAUUUCAUUCAUUUGUUUUUAAUUUGCCUGUGAUAAUGAUCAUGUCAUGUUAAGUUGAUUUUAUUAUGAAAUUUUAUCAUUUAAGAUCAAUUUUGUUAAUUUUGAUUUUUUCCAGUGCAGAGACUUUGUGAACUACCUAUUUAUAAAUGGAAAUAUAACAGUUGAAAUCUCAA